AAAUUCCAGUUCCAGCUUGGAAUUUGUUAUAUAUUAUUUUGUUGAAUUUUAUGGAUUUUGAUGACAUAUGGAAAUUCAUCUCCCUUUUAUAUGAUUUUAAGAAUAAAAGUAAAAAACAUUGGGAAUAACAUUUUAAGUUUAGGGUUAGCGCUUUGUAAUGUUAAAAGGGACAUAUAGAUUGUAGACAAAGAAUUGAUUAUGCUGAUAACUUCUCUAUGAGAUAUGGAAGAAGGGGGAGAACACAUUGUUGCUAAAUGCUAACUAUUAAAAUCUUUUUUUUUUUUUUGUAAAUUAUGAUGAUGAUUCAAUAUCAAAAGAUACCAGGUUUCCCCAGUUACAAAAGAAGGAUGAACAGCCAUGACUGUGGAUGGCUCCUCCAUGGCGUACUGGUUUACAAAAAAUUUCCAGUACUAAUACUCAAGCCCACUGUACAAAGACCAAAAACAGGACCCAAGGAUACAAACACCUUUACAAACUCAGAGCCUCUCGCAGGAGCCGGCAAAGUUGGAUCAGCAAGAAUAUAAAACAACAAGAAGAAGUUUGUUUCCUGUUCUUGCAGACCCUUCACCCCCAGCAUAGAGCCCCAUCUCUACAGACUAUCACAAUUCACACUGCCCGUAUCAUACCUCCAACAGCAGAAUUUGACAAGAUCAUAGCAAAGGAAAUUCCUUCAACCAUUGUGUAUGAAGAUGAUAAAGUCUUAGCAUUCAAGGACAUCAAUCCACAGGCUCCUGUUCAUGUUUUAGUCAUUCCAAAGUUUAGGGAUGGAUUGACACAGCUUGGAAAGGCUGAACCAAGGCACGGAGAGAUUCUGGGUCAACUUCUUUAUGCUGCCAAAAUUGUUGCUGAAAAAGAAGGCAUUGUUGAUGGGUUUCGAGUUGUCAUCAAUAAUGGUCCAAGUGCCUGUCAAUCAGUUUAUCAUCUUCACUUGCAUGUCCUAGGUGGGAGACAGAUGAACUGGCCACCUGGUUAAGGAGUUGAAGCAGAUGCAUCCUGAAACUUUCAUGGCUUUCAAUCUCCCUUGUGCUCUCUUUCUCGUCUUCUUUUCUAUCAUUUCUAAGGCUUGAAUUGGUCUAAUGUACUUCGAAUCUUAACACCUUGAAGAGAUGAGAAAUUUGGGUUUUGUGCUA